AUGAGUAACUUGGAAAGAUUGAACUCAAUUAAUGAUAAUGAAACAUGGUUCUAUGGGACACGUGACAGAGACGAGCGAACCGAGAUGACAGACCAGACUGUUUUGAGUGAAGCACAGGUGUGUCUGGAGAAGCAAAAGCCAAAACGAAGUCUUUUCGAUGAUUCAUUGGGUUCCUUUUUGGUUUACAAACGGCAGAAUGACGCACUACUAAAAUGCGAGCAAGAAGGACCAAUGGCAAGGGUGUUUGCGUUCGAGUAUUCCAUUCAUCAUCCAGGACAAAGGCAGUAUCUUGUAUCGACGGUAGAACGAUUCUGGGAGUGGUACAAGAAACAGUAUGACGUUUCAUUUUACGAACUGAUACCACAAAAUCGUCCUGCACAUCUCUAUUUUGAUCUUGAAUUUUAUCGCGAAACGAACCCCGAUGUUAAGGAGGAGGAUUUAAUUAAGGAUUUUAAUGACUGCGUCAGUGAAGUGUUCAUGGAAAUGUUUGGUAUUGACUUGGAUCCAGAAAAAGAAAUGUUGGUACUUAAUGCUUCAACGAUUACAAAAUUUAGUGAGCAUAUUAUCAUUCAUUUAGUCGACAACCAUUUAUUUCCAUCAAAUAUAUCUAUGAAAUCUUUUAUACAGCAACUGAAGGAAAAUAUGUUAUCAUCUGGUCGAUGUUUAGUUUGGAAUGCAGACGCUACCAAACUUAUUACAUUGUUUGAUGCAACUGUUUACUCAGCGAAUCGUAAUUUUCGUUUGUACCUGUCGUCAAAAUUGGGAAAAAACAACCCUUUAGUGCUCUCACAACGUUGUAAUUUUUAUGCCCAUAGGAAGCAUCUUUCAAGGCGACAGAUUUUUCUCGAUUCACUAGUUGUACCUGCCAGCUACAAUACUCCUGAAAUUAUUUAUAUCCCGAAAGUUGAAAACGGAGAAUAUCCGGACAUCCAAAGUAGAGAACGAAAAAUCCUUACAAUUUCUACACGAGUUCAUGCAUCAAAUGAAAACGUGGUUUAUAUUAGUGGCCGUGGACCAACUUCACCUUUUCCCGUAUUGGACCAACAUAUCAUUGCUAUAAACAGAUGGUGGAAGGAUAAUGCAUCCAUUCGACAGUGGAAAUUGUCAGUGGAUAAAUUUACAAUUUCCCGACAUAUCAUUUAUUAUAUUUCAAAUUGUCGUUUUUGUUUCAAUAUCGGGCGAGAGCAUCGAAGUAACGGAGUAUAUUGGAUUGUGGAUUUAGAUAAGCUGCAUUGUUUUCAAAAAUGUUUCGAUAUCGAUUGUAAUGGUAGCAGUUCGAAUUAUUUUCCUUUGCCUAAUUUUGUCUGCACUUCCUUAUCUACGAAAGAUGUGAAUUUGGAAGCUAAUCAAAUUUCGAUACAAGCACCAAAUACAGAAGUUGAAGAUAAAACAGUUGGGAUAGAUAAUAUGUCAAAGCAGCUAUUGCUUGAUGUAAUAAGAGAAGCAAAAGCAAUGAAUGAGACUGAAGUUCAGAAACGUAUGUCAGCAACUUGUCAAAAUGCUAUUCUUAAAAUGGGAGAACAAAAAAUACAAGAAGUCGGGACUUGUCCGAAUUAA